GACAUGUCCCUCCUGUCUAACACUAACCCCGCCCGGCCGGUGCUGCGCUGCGGAAGGGGCGGCCUCACUCACUCACUCACUCGCAGCAGCGGCCGCGGGUAAGAUGUCUCCCCGGGGUUUGCGCUGGUUGGCGGCGGUGGCGGUGACUCUGGUCUCGCUUCCCGGGGCCCAGGCGCUGGACGGCGGCGACGCGGCGGCGCUGCUACUAGGCCUGGCCAUCAGCACGGUCGGGCUCUGCGCCUGCCUAGGCUGGUACUCGCGGCGGCGGCAGCAGCUGUAAGUGAGAGCGGGGCCCGGGCUCCCCGUCCCCUGGGCCCUGGGGCGCGGAUCCACUCACCGCGGGCCCGGGAUGUCCCUACACCGGGCCGGGAUUGUGAGCGGGGCGGCGGCCGGGCCUCAUCCCCGGGCUGGUAGUUGCGGCGGCCCCGACCCAUGCGGACAGGCAGCAGCGCCGGGCCCGACCUCAGGCCUCACCACCGGGCCCAGAGACCGGGGACUCGCCGCCGCCGGGACCGGGGAUCCGCCCCACAACCGGCUGUAAAGUUUGUCGCCGCCGCCGCCGGGGAUCGACCCACCUCCGGCCAUCACUUUGGACACGGACCCAGGCCCAGGCCGCGGUGUAAAGUUUGUCGCCGCCGCCGCUGGAAGAUUGAAGGAAGCGCGGCCACGGUCCCCGCUCCCGGACAACCUGUGACUUUGUUUAAUCGCCGCGCUACAAGUUGGGCAUCAAUUUGGGUUUAAAUGUUGGGUUUGGGUUCGUGAAUCACCGUCUAGUUUGAACUUUACCUCCCGGUGCCGCAAAAAAACUGCCACAAAUCGGCGAAAGUUUCACUUGUGAGUCGCUGCAGCGCGUUUGUUCCGCGUUGGGUUCAUUCACUGCCGUGGG